UGUCUGAAAAGUGAAAAGUAUAUGAGAACAAAAAGGAUGGAUCCACCAUUCCAGAUCUAAUGGUCUGUCUUCACUUGACAACACUUCAUUCAUCUUCUCAUCACACCAAACUGCACUCACUCACAUUAAUCAUGCAUGAUUAGUGAAAACGGUUACUACUAAUAAUAUCAUUAUCUUUUCCUUCUUCUUUCAAAGUUGAAAAUUGAAAAACGAAACGAAACGAAACCCUUGAAUUUGCGGUGUGAUAAUGGAGUUCACUGAAUGUUACAAACAAACAGGUCCUUCUUCUUUCUCUCCCAACGCUCGUUUCUUAGCCGUCGCUGUUGAUUAUCGCCUCGUCAUUCGUGACACCCUCUCUUUCAAGGUUGUGCAAUUGUUUUCAUGCUUGGACAAAAUUAGCUAUAUUGAAUGGGCCCUUGAUUCUGAGUACAUUCUCUGCGGUCUCUAUAAAAAGCCAAUGAUACAGGCUUGGUCACUGACCCAGCCAGAGUGGACAUGCAAGAUAGACGAAGGUCCUGCUGGUAUUGCAUAUGCUAGGUGGAGCCCAGAUAGUCGUCACAUACUUACGACAUCAGAUUUUCAGUUGCGUUUAACAGUUUGGUCACUGGUAAACACGGCUUGUGUGCAUCUGCAGUUGCCAAAGCAUGCUUCUAAGGGGGUUUCCUUUACAAGAGAUGGAAAAUUUGCAGCAAUUUGUACAAGGCGUGAUUGCAAAGACCAUAUAAAUCUGUUAUCUUGUCAUUCAUGGGAAAUAAUGGGCCUGUUUCCUGUUGACACUCUAGACUUGGCUGAUGUCGAAUGGUCACCUGACGAUAGUUCUAUAGUAAUAUGGGAUUCACCCCUUGAUUACAAGGUUCUAAUCUAUUCUCCAGACGGAAGGUGUCUUUUCAAGUAUCAAGCAUAUGAAAGUGGAUUAGGAGUUAAAAGUGUGUCGUGGUCUCCCUGUGGUCAGUUUCUGGCAGUGGGUAGUUAUGACCAGAUGCUGCGAGUCCUGAAUCAUUUAACUUGGAAGACAUUUGCUGAGUUUCUGCAUCCAUAUGCAGUCCGUGGCCCUUGUUAUGCUGCUGUUUUCAAAGAAGUAGAUGAACCUCUGCAACUUGAUAUGUCAGAACUGUGUUUGAGCGAUGAUUUUUCUCAAGGAAACAUUGAUUCUCCAGAACGACCCUUUCGAGUAAGGUAUGAAGUCAUGGAAGUUCCAAUCAAUUUACCUUUUCAGAAGCCUCCUGCUGAGAAACCUAACCCCAAACAAGGAAUCGGCUUUUUGUCAUGGAGCAAUGAUAGCCAAUACAUAUGUACUCGCAAUGAUAGUAUGCCUACAGUACUCUGGGUAUGGAAUAUUCGACAACUUGAGCUUACAGCAAUCUUAGUGCAGAAGGACCCUAUCAGAGUGGCAGCUUGGGAUCCGACAUCCACUCGCCUUGUUUUCUGCACCGGAAGCACACAUUUAUACAUGUGGACCCCAUCUGGUGCCUUUUGUGUUCAUGUUCCUCUACCACAAUUUUCGAUAACAGAUCUGAAGUGGAAUUCUGAUGGCAGUUGUCUACUUCUUAAGGAUAAGGAGACUUUCUGUUGUGCUGCUGUACCCUUAUUGCCAGAAUCUAGCGAAUACAGCUCAGAUGAAUGAUGCUUACAAUAGAGUAAAACAAAGUUAUGGUAAAUAUGAAUAGCUAUCUUUAUCUUUGUGAUUCUGGUAGAUAAGUGUAUCUUAGGGUUUAAGAUCAUGUAAAAACCUUCUGUUGUAAAUUCAAAUUCCAUGAGUGUCUCUCCUGUUUGUUGGGUAGGAUAUGCUGAUCAAUUCAUUUUUAAUAGGCGCAAUUAAGCAAUCAGUUAUGUAGUCAGAGUUUUUCCAGUGACCUUUCGUUUUGCAUUUGGGAAAAUUCAAAAGGCUGUCUCAGCCUUUGUUGUAAGAGCAUGUAUUAAUACCAUUCUCUUUUCAUGCAUUACCUUUAUAAAAAAUAAGAAUGUAAUGUCGAUUGUGAUGA